UUCGAAAAUGGCUGGGAAGCGUAAGGGGAAACGUGGGAGAUCAAAAUCAUCAGAUAUGGUAGCGGAAGAGGCCCACAUAGGUGCAGCUCUGUUACCUACAGCUGCCUUCCUGGCCGUGCCUCGCACCCCACCCCCACAGACACCCCCAGGGACAGGGGUGGGUCUGUCCUCGACUGUCUUAAACUCCAGCUUGGUCGGUCGCAUGGUAGCCCAGCCACAGCCUCAUCCUGAUGAUGAACCCUUCAGUGACCCUGAGAGCAGUCUCUAUGACUACCAGCAGAUGGAGGAACCUGGGUAUUCUAGUGUUGAUUUUGGAACAUGGCCUCAUGGCAAACGGAGUACCAUAUCAAACAGGGCACCAGCACGCAUUCCGUCCACGGGGAGUUUGAGGAGGGGCCGGGAGAAUGAUGUGGAUGAUUUCAGGGGUGAAGGACAAGAACCUGGAGGUAUCUUCUACCAUGAGCUGGAGAGGACAGACAUCAACCAGAAUGACGUCGAUCUGUAUGCUGUGCCCAACAAACCCAAGUUUAAGGGGAAGACAGCAAAGGACAUUGGAGCAGGAGGAGGGAUGGUGGAUGAGACCUUCGUCAAGUCACACGGUGGUGAGCUGCAAGGCUCCAUGGGGACAACACGUGAUGUCCAGGACGCCAUGCGAGCUGUUCAUGAUUUGCCUGGGAUUGACAUGGAUGAGACAAUGAGGAGAGGGCCAGGAGGUCAUCGCCAUGGCAGCCCCAUCAUGCUGCGUAGCAGAGGGAGAGGCUCCACACGACAAGACAAUAACAUGAAUAAUUUGGGUGAUGACCAAGAGGUAGCUAAGCCAGACAAGCAGACGCAGCCAGUGCAGGAAUGGCUGGAGAAAAAUGUUGUAGCGGGUACCUCCACUUCAAACCAGUCUCCACGACACAACCAAACUGUAAAUGAAGAAGUGUUUCAGGCCAACACUCAGAGCCUAACAAAUAACGAAACAGUAUUCUCAUCGACCCAGUCAGCGCGCGUGACUGUGAAGGAACGAAUUGUUGGAAUCGAGAUGGAAAACCAUCAACUGAGAGACACAAUUCAGGAACAGGAGACGGAACUCCGGUCUCUCCGCCAGGUGGCAUCGGCUGUCAAGGAGGGAGACACGGAGAGUGCGGCCUCGCUGUUGUUUCGGAGGCAGAUUGAGGAGAUGAAGGAGGAGAAUGAGGUCCUCAAACAGUCCGUGCACAAACUCAACAUUGAGUUGAGCCAGAAACAGGCUGUGACCGAUGCUUCAAAACUUGCAUCUCAGUCCAGAGACUUCAGUGGACUUCCUGACAAAGGCCCCAUUCCAUCUUGGCUGAUCAACAAGAAGUACCUUGCCCCCCUGUUCAUUGCCUAUGAUGCCAGACUGAAAGACAAGGAUGAUGUCAUCAUUCAGUAUCAGGAGGAGCUGCAGAGUCUGAAGCGUCGUGCUGAGGACAUCGUGAAGGAGAACCAGAAACUACACAUGGGGCAGUCUGGAGGAGGGGCUCUCGGCAUGACAGAGUGGCGGCAGCUGCAGGAGCAGGCCAAGCUUGUCCUGGAGGAGAAUCAGGUUCUUAUGGAACAGAUCGAGGUCAAUCAACUCAAGUCCAAGGAGAUGUUCAACGCCCACUUGCAGGAAGUGUCCAGGCUGACAAAGAAGCUGAGUGCAUCUGAGUCGGAAAAGUUGGUUGAACGAGACCUGGAGGCUACUAGACUGAAGUUCUCGGAGCUACGACACAAACAUGACGCUCUUCUCCUCACCACUGGAGGCCAGGUGACUGUGCAGGACCACAUCAACACCAUCGCCGACAUCAAGAGGUCAUUGACGGAGGAGAAAGAACAGCAUUUGCAAGAGACAGAGACCUUCCGCAAUAGGAUAAAGGCCUUGGAGGAGGAGAGAAGAAACCUGGCCGUGAAGAACACUGAUUUCUUGGCCGAGAACAAGAGACUCCACGCAGAGAUCAAGUCCCUUCACAAGGCAGUCAGGCGGGCGCAACAGAAGCUGAUGGUGUUCCAGUCUGCCAUAGAACAGUCCGAGGACAAGGAGCAGUCCACCCAGGAAUACCUUGCAACUGUCAUCAAGCUGGCUGAAAAAACUGCAGCAGAACGGGAUACCUACGCAAAAGUUGCUAAGGAGCAACAGAGUGAGAGUAAGCGAGCCAUGAACAAGGUAUUGUCCAGGACUGUCACAGUCGGCAAGCUGGAGGAGAAGCUGAAGCUGCACAAGAUGAAAGCAGCAGCUAAGCUCUCUACUGCAGCUGACAGGUUGAAGGAACAAGAUGAAUCCUUCAACAGCCAGAAACAAGAGUAUGAGCUCGAGAUCAAGCACCUGCGUCUUGUUCUUCCUUCCUUCCACCAUGAUUUCAUGAAUCUCUGCUCCUGUUACAGAGAAGUGGAGAGGGACCUUGAGCAUGUGUGGCAGGCUGCCAACUCAGAAAACCUACGCAUGAAGGAUACCAUGAAGAAAAGUUUCCGCAAGCUCCGAGAACAUUCUGGUCUGAGAGAUGUUGUAGAAGAUGUAGAUAAUCAGGAACUGUUAAACUUGUCCAGUGAUGAGGACCACUGAGUGCCUUACCAGUACCUUGCCAGUCUGCCCCGAACUUCAGGGAGGCCAGUUUCUACCAACUCACAAGAAGCAGACGUGUGAUUCUUUCAGCCAUGACUCUUUGUUCCUGAAGCCCUUGCUAUGAGAAACAACCCCAUAAAUCUCGGAAAUUAUUGAAACACGAUUAGAUUUGUUAAAGAUAAUAUUCAAAUAUUCACAUACAUUUUUAUACAUUUUAGGAAAAAGUGGCUUUAUGUUAUUUUAUGUGUUUUUUCAAAUGGCAUUUUAGGAUGAGUAGUAGUUUGUUCAUUGUUUGAAACAAGACUCGCGUUUCAGAUUAAGUUUCAUGAUUAAAUGUUUUAGUAGGUAUUUAUGAAUAUGUCAAAUAUUGAGAAUCUUCUGUUAUCCAUUGUUGACAGUGUCUGUAUUAUGUCACUUUGAAGAUCCAAUUGGAAUUUUGAAGAUCCUGUUGGAAUUGGACUUGACCAAUCCAUGCUUGUUGUAAGAGGUGACCAACAGGAUGGUCAGACUCACUGACUUGAUUUAUGCAUAUCAUAUAUACCAAUUGUAUAGAUUAAUGAUCAUGAUUUCAAUCACUGGAUUGUCUGGUCCAGAUUCAAUCAUUUUCAGACCUCUGACAUGUAGGUAGAAUAUUGCCCUGUGUGACAGUACACAACAAACCAAUAUAAGAGGUGAGGUGAGGUGAAAUUGGGUUUUACGUCUUACUUGAGAAUAUUUCGCUCAUAUGACGACGUGCAUGCGUGUGUAUG